AUGUCAAGCAUCAAGAAACUCCUCAACACCCUCCAAAUCCGCCAAGACUACACCUAUCGACCAGCGGGCCUGAAAUGGAGAUCCAACACGCUCUUCAUCGUGUCCACGGUGGCCAUGGGAAUGUUCACCGAUCUCUUCCUCUACGGCCUCGUCGUGCCCAUUCUGCCCUUUCUCCUCAAAGACCGAGUCGGAGUGCCUCAAGAUCAAAUCCAAACGACCGUUUCCGCUCUCCUGGCUGCUUUUGGAGCAUCUUCCGUCGCAGUUGCGCCGCUGGUGGGAAUUCUCGCCGAUCGAGUCGCCACCCGCCAAGCACCCUUUCUCUUCGGCAUCGCUGCAUUGUUUGCUUCUACUCUUCUGCUUUUUCUUGGUAAGACGGUGGCGGUGUUGGCGGUUGGGAGAGUGCUGCAGGGUAUUAGUGCAGCUUUGGUGUGGACGAUUGGUCUUGCCCUCUGUCUGGAGACCGUCGGGCCGGAGAAUCUGGGAAAGACGGUCGGUUCGAUCUUCAGCUUCAUCUCCGUCGGUGCCUUUGCAGCACCCCUACUCGGCGGUGUUCUCUACGAAAAGACCGGUCUGAUCGGAGUCUUCGGCAUGGGUGCCUCCCUCCUCAUCAUCGACUUCAUCAUGCGAAUCCUCGUAAUCGAGAAGAAGAUUGCCCGAAAAUACGACCCCAACAUCGACACCAUCACAACUCCCACCUCUUCACAACCACAACAACCACCCACAAACGACACCGACAAUAACGACCACGACAAUGAAGCGCAGCCAUCUCAAGAAUCAGAAUCCACCCCUUUACUCUCCACAUCCCCUCCCCCAAAAUCACACUACACCCUCCCAGACCCCUCAACCCUCUCCCGAACCUACCGCGCCUUCCCCCUCCUCCUCAUCCUCUCCGACCCCCAACUCCUCUCAGCCCUAACCCUCUCCUUCGUCCAAGCCCUCCUCCUCGGAACCUUCGACGCAACAGUCCCCUCCUUCUCCUCCGAAGUCUACUCCUUCACCCCCUUACGCGCCGGCCUUCUAUUCCUCCCCCUCGGAAUCUUCGACCUCAUCCUCGGCCCCGUCUUCGGCUGGGCUGUAGAUCGCUACUCCACCAAACCCGUCGCUGUUGGCGCUUACUUCUUUCUCGUCCCCGUGUUCAUCUGCUUUCAAUUCGCGGGAGAGCAUUUGGCUGUUUAUGCUACGUUGCUGAGUCUUUGUGGGGUCGGACUGGCGGGGAUUGGAGCGCCGGGGAUUGUGGAGGCUGGAGCUGUUGUUGAGAGGUAUUUUGAGGGGAAUCGGGAGUUGUUUGGUAGUCAGGGGCCUUAUGCGCAGCUUUAUGGAAUGACGAACCUCUUCUYCAGUCUAGGAUUGACUCUCGGGCCGGAAAUCUCUGGGGCGUUGAAGGAUGGGAUUGGGUAUGCGAAUAUGAAUGCUGUUUUGGCGGGGAUUUGUGCUGCGACGGGAGUUUUGAGUUUGGUGUUUAUUGGGGGGAGGUUGCGGUUGAGGGGGAGAAAGGGAUGA